AUGGAACAGUACAGUUCGUUUGAAGAUCAAUCUAAAGCAACGUUCUCGUUGACAGAUGAGGAUCAUACACUGGCAAAUGCUCUCAGAUUCAGUCUAAAUCAAGAUCCAAGAGUAACAUUUUGUGGAUACAGCAUUCGACAUCCCUCCGAUGCUCGAAAUCUGUUGAAAAUGCUUAUCUGUGAGAACGUUAGAGACACGUUUGACAAGGCUAUUUUGAAGUUUAAAACUGAAAAAGAAUCAUUUUUCCCUAUAAGGCCAUAUAUAUGUUGCAUCAGUAUUGUUAACUUCAACUGUGCACUGUCAUCGAAUCUCCAUGACGAUGACAGUGCAAUUUCUGGCUUGUCGACGAAGAAUGUGCCUUUGAUCGCGCAGAAAUAUUGA